GGGGGGGGGAGGGGGGGGGGGCGUAUGUGUGUAUGUAGGUAUGUAUGUAUGUGUGGAUAUCGUCGAGUUCUCAUCACUCAUCGGCAUCCUCACUGCAAGUCGGCAAGAGAGCGACAAAAUGCAAGAGCGACGUGCAUGUUGCUGUGGCUGCGACUGUACUCGUAUGUGUGCUGAGUGCGGCGCCUACAUGUGGAACGUCAUAUAAGAGUCAUGGGUCUCACCGCCAUCCUUGCGGGGGCACUGCAGAGUUUGGAUGACGAACUCCACGUUUGAUGGGGGAAGCUCGUUGGCGCCGAACAUGCGCGUGACGGUGGACCGCUUAUUUACUUCGAGGUACUCGUUGCCACGGCUGUCCCUGUCGGUUAGGAGGCAGAAAGAGGAAGGCAACGCAUAGCAGGGAGAGUUAUGGAGGGGGCGUGUGUGUGUAUGUGUGUUGAUUGUGUAUGCAGAGUGCUCACUGAAUAACAUAGGCCAGGCCGAACAGGCGCUUACAAGUCCUGCAUAUGACCCAACAGAACUUGACGCUCUCACAGAAGACCGUCGGGGCAUCGUCAUCACCUGCAUGCACGUAUAGGCAAGGAGCAGCAAAGAAUACCCAUAUAGUUCUUGUCUGGAUUCGCUGUCGCUGCUUUAUACCUGAAUGAGGCCAUCCAUUGGUCCUCGUGACAUGUGCAAUGCUCCACACAUGCCAGAGCCCUCCAGUCGAAACCAUCGAACGAGCCGAUUUUUCCUUCGCCAGGUCCCUUCCUGCACACACAGAGGCCAACCACAUCCUUGUUCAUCCUCUGCUAUGCCUGGUCUGCCCUCUGUGCCGAAUAAUGAUUUCUCUUACUCAGACCAUCGCUGUCAAACGUGUCGACGGUCGAAAUGUUGUCAUCGCACACAUCACAAUGUGCAGCACCAUUGGCAAUACGCUCGAGAGCAUCUGCAUCAAAACACGUAGUGUCACAGACAGAUGACAUGCUCGUGUCCGUGCUGGUGUGUUGUUAUCUGCGUGUUGUGCAGCUGUGAUUACUGUCGAGGGCAUAAAAGAACGCAUGCCGCAUAUCUCGGAGUGCACCUUCAAUGGGAUGCAGAGCCUCCUGAGUGCGAAUGAUGCCGGCGUGCAGAUGGACUGCCAUCUGCAAGACAGACAGUGGACACUUACUGUUCGGACAGACAGUGGACACUUAAUGUUUGGUGCUGUGUGUGCAAGGGAAACCAGUGACAGGAAUUCAGAGCAGCAGCGUCGUUUGUGCUGAAAUAAUUUGCGAGCUAAGCCGUGGAAUUCUCGCCGGGACAGCGAAGUAAAAGUGCUGAGAAACACUCCAUCUGCCGUCUGGAGGGUGCGGGCAGCCGCGGACACGCCAGCCAGCCGCCAGGCAGCGAGAAACACCGCCAUCCCCCGCCGCGUAUGUGUGGGUGAGCGAGACGAUCGUCGAUUCGACUACACCUCUCUCCCACAGCACACCUGCUAUACAGACAGACAAGACAGACAGAGAGAGACAGUCAUAGGACAGACAGACAGAGACAGUCACAGGAGGCGCCGUAAUCGGUCGGCAGCGGGCAAGUAGGAGCGCAACGUGCCGUCUGUGUCCGUUUCUCACGUCUAGUGCAGAGGUACGAGCCACCGAUGACUGCGCACGUUGUGAUGAAGCUCGUGAUGACGUACAGGUGGGGCGUCGCAUU